GCGGAAGUCAGCUCUCCAAUCAGCCCUAAAUCCAACCAAUCAGCUGCAACCGGAGAUCAGGAAGCCAAUUAGCCUGCAACCACCACACAGAGAAACAAGGCACAAACACACAAACGAACACAGAGCCACAGAAAGCACUGGGGACGUAACAUUCACCAACAUAAAAUCAAGGACUUCUCAGACAGAAAAAAGACAACACUUCCAGGUAAAAGAAGUGAAGGAGACGCAUUUGUGUGGAAACGCUAUGGCCGCCAGGCUCUCUCUUGCAGAAGAGGACCUCUGUUGCCCUGUUUGCUGUGACAUCUUUAGAGAUCCAGUAGUCCUCAAGUGCACCCACAGUUUCUGUGCAGCCUGUCUACAACAGUACUGGUCUGGGAAGGGCUCGGCACGGGACUGCCCUCUCUGUAGGAGAGAGUCAGAGGACGAGCCAGUGGCCAGUCUCACACUGAAGAACCUGUGUGACUCCUACAUCCAAGAGAGUGAGGCCCUGGGUACAACAGGCGAGUUGUGUGAGCCUGGUGAGCUGUGCUCCCUGCACGGGGAGAAACUGAAACUGUUCUGUCUGUAUGACAAGGAGGCCAUCUGUGUAGUGUGUCACACCUCAAGGAAGCAUAGAAACCAUGAAUGCUGUCCAGUUGAAGAGGCUAUAGGUGAUCUGAAGGAGGAGAUGAAAUCUGCUCUUACUUCCUUGCAAGAGAAGAAGGAGGCUUUUGAUAAAGUGAAGCAACAAUAUGAAAAUACACUGACACAUAUUCAGGUCCAGGCCCAGUUUGUGGAAAAACGGGUUCAUGAAGAGUUUGAGCAGCUCCACCAUUUCCUCCAAGCUGAAGAGGAUGCCAGAAUUGGAGCUCUGAAAGAGGAAGAAGAGAGGAAGAGCGAAACGAUGAGGCAGAUAAUUAGUGAGACAGACAGGACCGUGGCCUCCCUCUCUGACACUAUCAGAGCCAUGAGGGAGGAGAUGGCUUUGGAGGAUAUCUCUCUCCUUCACAAAUGCAAGAAGACAAUGGGAAGUACUCAGUGCAGCACACUGCAAGACCCAGUCAUGGUGUCUGGAGCACUCAUCAAUGUGGCAAAGCACCUGGGCUCACUCAAAUACAAAGUGUGGAAGAAAAUGCAAGGGGUCAUUAAAUACACUCCAGUGACUCUAGAUCCAAACACGGCUGCCCCCUGGCUCAUCCUGUCUGACGACCUCUCCAGUGUGAGGGACAGUGACGACAAACAGAAGCUUCCAGACAACCCCGAAAGAUUUGACCCCGACACGGCCGUGCUGGGCUCCCAGGGCUUCAUCUCAGGGAAGCACGAAUGGGAUGUGGAGGUUGGUGAUAACAGUGCCUGGGUGCUUGGCGUAGCCAAAGAGUCAAUCCGGAGAAAAGAGAAAGUCUCCUCUGUGUUGAAGAACGGAUACCUGUCAGUGUACUUUUACCACAAGAUGUACUUUGCGGGGACUUCACCUCUCACUCGACUCAAUCUGAGAAAACAGCCUCAGAGAAUCAGAGUGCAGUUGGACUGGGAGAAGGGAAGGGUGUGCUUUUCUGACCCAGCUGACAACACACAGAUCUAUACUUUCAAACACACCUUCACUGAGAGGGUUUUCCCUUACUUCUGGGUGGGGUGUAAGCAGUGUCCAUUAAGGAUCGAGCCAUUGGAGGUCUCUGUGACAUCUGUAGAUCACACCUGAGAGCCUCCGCAACUUGUCGAUUUUAUCAGUCACUAUAAGGAAGAAUACAAAAGAAAAUAAUGGGAAAUGCAUUGCUUUUACAUUAAUACCUGGCCUUUAAAUUAACACUGACUUAUAUUGACUGAGUUGUUGAUUGUUGAGAUUAUUGUAUUCUAUGUAGGAAAAAAAAAGUAUUUAAAUUAGACAGCAAUGAUCUAGGACAAAAACUAAAUACCAAAAUGUGCAGAAUUGUGGUCGAAUGGUAACCCUCUCGACUCCACGCACAUGCAAAUUCCUGUCAAAUGUCAGGGUUCAACACGCAUGUCUCCCUAUAAUUUCCGUUGUCAGUAAAAUGCCUUGAAACAAAACAUAAAAUAGAAAUAUGCAUGUUUAGUGUGGCCACUUGCCUUUACAUUACAAAAAAAUAAAAAUUGUUGCACCUUACUGUCCUCAUUUUGUCCUAUUUCGUCAGAGUUGUUGGGCUAAACUUAGCUCAGUACCUGAGCAGUAGAGGCCAGUAUUGAGAUUGUAUUUCCCAUAUUUAGGGCACCAAUACAAAUGUGUAGGUUCUCUCAUUUCAUCUCCACAUCUCUUCUCAAAACUCACGGAAUGUUCCUUAAAUUAAUGUUUAGACCUUUUCUGGAAUGCUAAAAUCCACACCAGUGGCCAGCUUGGCUUCACAAUGAGAAUGCAUGAACAGAAGCCCAUAGCAAUCAUUUUUUGGGUGUUAAUAACUUUGUUAGCAACUUUGGAACGUGUAUCUCGUUCCCGUCAGUCUAUACGAUGUUAUUCCAGAAUUUACAGGCUCUUUUAGGUACUGUUAAGCAAACUGUAUCCUGGUGGCUUUACUUCUGAUGCAUACUAUUUAUUUGGAUGUUGCUUUUUACCCUCUGAAAUUCUUCCGGUGGUAGUCCAGCACAAUAUUACAUGUGUUGUGUUGUUAAUGUUUGAAAGUAUUCUUUGUUCAUCCACUAUUUAUCUUCCUUUAACUAUCUGGGUUAAUGCCUGAGCUCGCCAGAGCUUUCCUUAUCUUAUAUUUACCAAAGAGUUGAUUUGGAAUGCCUAAUGUUUUGGCAUUGUAUCUGAUCAAUCUAUUCUAAAUCAUUUGCUUCUUGCUUGACAGUUUGAUAUUAAUUGAUUCUUAUUAAGUCCAAAUGUUGUCAGACACUAGCAACAGAUUCCAAAUGCAAAGCCUAAAGUCAAGACAUUGACAACAAAUAAACAGCUAUGAAUUUGUCCAAAUAUGUUCAGUACCUUAAAAUGACUACUUAUUGAA